UGUCAAGUUGGACCCUUAUGUAAAACUGAAUGCCUUAAAAAGGAGUAAAGUCUUUGGAUUACGUUGAAGCUCAGCAAAGAUGGCCAAGUAUGGUGAACAUGAAGCCCUACCAGAGCAGGGACAAAAUGAGUUCAGCGACAUCAUCAAGUGCAGAUCUGAUGAGCACGACGACGUCCAGAAGAAAACCUUUACCAAGUGGAUCAACGCUCGAUUCUCAAAGAGCGGAAAGCCGCCCAUCAGUGACAUGUUCACAGACCUCAAAGAUGGAAGGAAGCUCUUGGAUCUUCUCGAAGGCCUCACGGGAGCUUCCCUGCCGAAGGAACGAGGCUCCACGAGGGUGCAUGCGCUGAACAACGUCAACAGAGUGCUGCAGGUUCUGCAUCAGAACAAUGUGGAUUUAGUGAAUAUAGGCGGCACUGACAUCGUCGAUGGUAAUCACAAGCUGACUUUGGGACUGCUUUGGAGUAUCAUUUUACACUGGCAGGUAAAAGAUGUCAUGAAGGAUAUCAUGUCAGAUCUGCAGCAGACAAACAGCGAGAAGAUCCUACUGAGCUGGGUGCGCCAGUCCACCAGGCCAUAUGGCCAGGUCAACGUGCUCAACUUCACCACGAGCUGGACAGACGGACUUGCCUUUAAUGCCCUGCUCCACCGACAUAAACCCGAUCUCUUCAGCUGGGAUAGAGUCGUCCAGAUGUCCCCCAUUGAGAGACUUGAACAUGCCUUCAACAAGGCUCAGACUUACCUGGGAAUUGAAAAGCUAUUAGAUCCUGAAGAUGUUGCUGUUCAGCUCCCUGACAAGAAAUCCAUAAUUAUGUAUUUGACAUCUUUGUUCGAGGUGCUGCCUCAGCAAGUUACUAUAGAUGAUAUCCGUGAAGUGGAAACGCUUCCAAGGAAAUAUAAGAAAGAAUGCGAAGAAGAAAUUAGUGUCCAGAGCGCAGCGCCAGAGGAGGAGCGGGCCAGUCCCCCAGCGGACACCCCCAGCACGGUCACCGAGGGGGACAUGGACCUGGACAGCUAUCAGAUAACCCUGGAGGAAGUGCUGACCUGGCUUCUCUCUGCUGAGGACACCUUCCUGGAACAGGGUGACAUUUCUGAUGACGUUGAAGAAGUCAAGGACCAGUUUGCCACCCAUGAAGCGUUCAUGAUGGAGCUGACGGCACACCAGAGCAGUGUGGGGAGCGUCCUGCAGGCCGGAAACCAGCUGAUCACACAAGGAACUCUGACAGAUGAAGAGGAGUUUGAGAUUCAGGAGCAAAUGACCCUGCUGAACGCCAGAUGGGAGUCGCUCAGAGUGGAUAGUAUGGAAAGGCAGUCCCGGCUGCAUGAUGUGCUGAUGGAACUGCAGAAGAAGCAGCUGCAGCAGCUCUCUGCCUGGUUAACGCUCACAGAGGAACGCAUUCAGAAGAUGGAAACCUGCCCCCUGGACGAUGACUUACAAUCUGUGCAGAAGCUGCUAGAAGAGCACAAAAGUUUGCAAAAUGAUCUUGAGACUGAACAGGUGAAGGUGAAUUCAUUAACUCACAUGGUGGUAAUUGUUGAUGAAAACAGUGGCGAGAGUGCUACAGCUGUUCUGGAAGAUCAGUUGCAGAAACUCGGGGAGCGCUGGACAGCAGUGUGCCGUUGGACCGAAGAGCGGUGGAAUAGGUUACAAGAAAUCAAUAUAUUGUGGCAAGAACUAUUGGAAGAACAGUGCUUAUUGAAAGCUUGGCUCACAGAAAAAGAAGAGGCUUUAAAUAAAGUCCAGACGAGUCACUUCAAAGACCAAAAGGAACUAAGUGUCAGUGUUCGACGACUGGCCAUUUUGAAGGAAGAUAUGGAAAUGAAACGUCAAACCCUGGAUCAGUUGAGUGAGAUUGGCCAGGAUGUGGGCCAACUCCUUGAUAGUCCCAAGGCAUCUAGGAAGAUCAGCAGUGACUCAGAGGAACUGACUCAGAGAUGGGAUUCUCUGGUUCAGAGACUAGAAGAUUCCUCCAACCAGGUGACUCAGGCUGUAGCAAAGCUGGGAAUGUCCCAAAUUCCCCAGAAGGAUCUUUUGGAGACUGUUCGGAUAAGGGAACAAGUAACUGUCAAAAAAUCUAAGCAAGAGCUGCCGCCUCCUCCUCCCCCCAAGAAGAGACAGAUCCAUGUGGACGUGGCAACCAAGAAAAACACUUCGUCUUCAAGAUGGCCCUCGAUUGCUGUUACUACUGGCCCUCUUUUUAUGGGUUUAGAAAAAGAGCAGACAGAAAGAAGCCCCAAAUUGGAUGAAUUAAGUCAAACUGGACAAAUCCUUUUGGAGCAAAUGAGAAAAGAAGGUCUUCCGACCGAAGACAUACAAAACAUCCUGGAGAAGGUUUCCUCCGACUGGCAGAAGCUAUCGCAGCACUUGGAAGAUGUGGCAAAGAAGAUUCAGCUCCAGGAAGAAAUAAACGCUUACUCUCAGCAGCUGGAUGAGCUUGAAAAGACCGUGGUGAAAAAGGAGGAGUGGGUAAAACGCACCCCCUUCUCCGAGCCUCCCCAGCAGUCCCUGCCAAGUCUGAAGGACUCGUGCCAGUGGGAAUUAACCAGCCUCAUCGGCCUCCAACCUAAAAUCGAAAUGCUCUGUGCCAACUGCUCGGCCCUGACGUCUCAUCCUUCCGCUCCAGCUUUCGUCCAAGAGAGCUUGGACGGCUUUCUGGACCGCUACCAAGCUGUGCGACAAGAUUUAGAGGCUCGGCAGCGGCAGCUAGAGACUGAACUGAAGAGCCAACCCGGACGUGAAUAUUUGGAAACACUGAGGACCCUGAAAGAUAAGCUGAACGAUUCAGAAAACAGGGCCCAGGCUUCGCUGAGUGUCUUGAAUGAGCUUGAGAAGGUGGAGAUGGUCCUGCGAGAAAAAAAGGCCCUUGAUGAAGUUCUUGAGAAUCAAAGGCUUGCCUUAUAUGAACUGGCGGAGGAAACGAAAGCUCUGGAGAAGAAUGCUCCUCCAGGAGCGGACAAGCUCUAUCGGCAGGAAUUUGACACUGUUCAAGGCAGGUGGGACAAACUGAAGGCCGAGGUUUCCAGAGACCUGCAUCUGCUUGAGGAGAUCGCACCGAAGCUCAGGACUUUUGAGGCUGAUUCAGAAGUCGUUGAGAAAUGGAUGGACGGCGUGAAAGACUUCCUCACAAAAGAACAGACUGCCCAAGGAGACGCUGAAGGACUGCAGAGGCAGCUUGACCAAUGCUCUGCAUUUGUUAAUGAACUAGAAACAGUUGAAUCAUCUCUGAAAGACAUGAAAGAAGUGGAGGCUAGUCUUCGAAGCUGUCCAAUUACCGGCAUUAAAACCUGGGUGCAGACAAGAGUCAGCGACUACCAAACCCAAUUGGAGAAACUCAGCAAAGAGAUUGCUAUUCAAAAAAACAGAUGGUCAGAAAGCCAGGAAAAAGCAGUGAAUUUGAAGAAAGACUUGGCAGAGAUGCAGGAGUGGAUGGCCCAAGCCGAAGAAGAGUACCUGGAGAGGGACUUUGAGUACAAGUCACCAGAAGAACUCGAGAGCGCUGUGGACGAAAUGAAGAGGGCGAAAGAGGAUGUGUUGCAGAAGGAAGUGAGAGUGAAGAUUCUCAAGGACAACAUCAAGUUAUUAGCUGCAAAAGCGCCCUCUGGUGGCCAGGAACUGACGUCUGAGCUGAACGUUGUGCUGGAGAAUUAUCAACUUCUCUGUAACAGAAUUCGAGGAAAGUGCCACACACUAGAGGAGGUGUGGUCGUGCUGGAUUGAAUUGCUCCAGUAUCUGGACCUGGAAACCGCCUGGUUGACCACGUUGGAAGAGCGGAUGAAGGACGCCGCAGCUCUGCCCGAGAAUGCCGAGGCAGUCAAUGAAGCCCUGGAGUCUCUGGAAUCCGUUUUGCGCCAUCCGGCGGACAACCGCACCCAGAUUCGGGAACUUGGCCAGACUCUGAUCGAUGGAGGGAUUCUUGAUGACAUAAUCAGCGAGAAGCUGGAAGUGUUCAAUAGCCGAUAUGAAGAACUGAGCCACUUGGCAGAGAGCAAGCAGAUCUCCUUGGAAAAGCAGCUGCACGUCCUGCGGGAAACUGACCACAUGCUUCAAGUCCUGCAGGAGAGCUUAGCCGAGCUGGAUAAGCAGCUCACGACAUACUUGACCGAUAGGAUAGACGCCUUCCAAGUGCCGCAGGAAGCACAGAAAAUCCAAGCAGAGAUUUCAGCCCACGAGCUAACCCUGGAGGAAUUGAGAAGAAACAUGCGUCCUCAGCCCCUGACACCCCCAGACGGCAGGACGGCCAGAGGAGGCUCUCAGAUGGAUGUGCUGCAGAGGAAAUUUCGAGAGGUAUCCACAAAGUUCCAGCUCUUCCAGAAGCCUGCUAACUUUGAACAGCGCAUGCUGGACUGCCGGCGAGUGCUGGAUGGGGUGCGAGCCGAGCUGCACGUGCUGGAGGUGAAGGACGUGGACCCCGAUGUCUUGCAGACCCACCUGGACAAGUGCAUGAAACUCUACAAAACUUUGAGUGAAGUCAAGCUGGAAGUGGAGACUGUCAUCAAAACAGGAAGGCACAUUGUCCAGAAGCAGCAGAUUGAUAACCCCCAGGAGAUGGACGAGCGGCUGACAUCCCUGAAAGUCCUCUACAAUGACCUGGGGGCCCAGGUGACAGAGGGAAAGCAGACUCUGGAAAGAGGAUCACAAUUGGCCAGGAAAGUGAAGAAAGAGGCUGCUUCUCUCUCUGAGUGGCUUUCCGUUACCGAAGCUGAGUUGGUACAGAAAUCCACUUCAGAAGGUUUGCUUUCUGACUUGGACACAGAAAUCUCCUGGGCUAAGACUGUCCUGAAGGAUCUGGAAAAGAAGAAGGCUGACUUAAGUGCCAUCACCGAGAGCAGCGCUGCUCUCCAGAGCUUGAUCGAGGGCAGUGAGCCGGCGCUGGAGGAGCGGCUCUGUGUCCUGAACGCGGGGUGGAGUCGCGUCCGCACCUGGACUGAGGAUUGGUGCAAUACCUUAAUGAGCCAUCAGAACCAGCUGGAGAUAUUUGAUGGAAACGUCGCUCACUUAAGUACCUGGCUUUAUCAAGCCGAAGCUCUGUUGGAUGAGAUCGAAAAGAAACCAGCGAAUAAGCAGGAAGAAAUUGUGAAGGUACUGAACUUGGAGCAUGAAUUGCACCAGCAGGAGGGGGACCCUUUUGCUGCUGUCUUUUCUUUUGCCGAUUCUCAGGAGCUAGAAUGGCCACAUAAAGGGGACCUAUCGCCAAACUUUAAGAUUAAACAGCAUUCCAGGGGAAAAUUGCUAAUUGGCCGGGACCCAUUGUCAGACCGACAUUGGGUGGGCAAAGAGCCGUGUGCUGCUGGUGUGCCUUCCUCUGACUUGGACAGACUGGAAAAUGACAUACAAACUAUGUUAAGUGUUGUGGACAAACUCUUGGAGUCCAGUGAUGAUGAUGAGAAGAUGGAAGAGAAGGGAGCCCAGAUUGAGGAAGUGCUUCAAAGAGGAGAGCACGUGCUACAUCAGCCGAUGGACGACAGUACAAAAGAAAAGCUCCGAUUGCAGUUAGUCCUUCUGCAUGCGAGAUACAACAAAGUCAAGACAGUCCCCACUCACCAGAGAAAAAUGGGUCAACUCCCUUCUGGAGUUAGAGCAUCGCUCCUCCCCACAGAAUACCUGGUUGAAAUUAACAAAGUUUUACACUCCAUGGACGAUGUUGAAUUAUCACUUAAUACUCCAGAGCUGAGUACUGCGAUCUACGAAGACUUCUCUUUUCAGGAAGAUUCUCUGAAGCGUAUCAAAGACCAACUGGACAAGCAUGGAGAGCAAAUUGCAGUCAUUCAUGAGAAGCAACCAGACGUUAUCCUUGAAGCUUCUGGACCUGAAGCUAUUCAGAUUGGGGAUACACUUACUCAGUUGAAUGUAAAAUGGGACAGAGUUAAUAGAUUGUACAGUGAUCGGAAAGGCUGUGAAACAGUGCGUAGAUCUGUGUUCGGAGUGACACAGGAGGUCAUGGGAGGUGCCCGCCUGCAUUUGGACCUGGAAGAGGGCAUCAGCAGCCACCAGCCUCGUUUUGCAGCACUCAACAGAACUGGGGAUGGGAUUGUGCAGAAACUUUCCUCCACAAAUGGAAGCUUCCUGAAGGACAAGCUGGCAGGUCUCAACCAACGCUGGAGUGCAGUUGUGGCAGAAGUGAAGGAUAGGCAGCCAAGGCUACCAGGAGAAAGCGAGCCGGUGAUGGAGUACAGGACACGGCUGGCUGAGGUGACGUGCUGGUUACGAAAGGCAGACAUGGUGUUGCAGAAGAAAGCCACCACCGGGCUGGAAGAAAACUUGCCAGAAUUAACAGAUUUAACCCAAGAGAUGGAAGUACAAGCUGAGAAACUCAAAUGGCUGAGUAGAGCUGAACUGGAAAUUCUUUCAGAGAAGAGUUUGAGCUUACAGGAAAGAGACAAAAUUUCAGAAAGCUUAAGAAGUGUGACUGCAACGUGGAAUAAGAUAAGCAGAGACGUGCCCAUUGCAUUAAAGGAAUACAGCCAGGAACCCAGUUCUGUGUCACAUCCAAGGAUUGCUGCUCAUCCCAGUGUCCAGAAGGUGGCGCUCGUAUCAUCUGCUCCAGACAUCCCUCUUCCGCCUCAGCGUCCUGCAGAAAUGUCGGUGCCUGCUGAUCUGGAUAAAACCAUAACAGAACUAGCCGACUGGCUGGUAUUGAUCGACCAGAUGCUCAAGUCCAACAUUGUCACUGUUGGGGAUGUCGAGGAGAUCAAUAAGACAGUGUCUCGAAUGAAAAUCACAAAAGCCGACUUAGAGCAGCGCCGGCCUCAACUGGAUUAUGUUUUCACAUUGGCACAGAAUUUGAAAAAUAAGGCCUCCAGUUCGGAUGUGCGAACCGCAAUCACAGGAAAACUGGACAAGGUCCAGAGCCAGUGGGACAGCACUCAGCAUAGUGUGCAGUCCCGGCAGCAACAGCUGGAGGCCAUGGUCGUGGACAGCCUGCAGUGGCAUGAGCUCCGGGAGGAGACCGCGGAACUGCUGCGGAAGGCCGAGGCACAGCGCUACAGCCUGCAGCAAGCCCGCCGGGAUCCGCUCAUCAAACAAAUCUCCGAUAACCACACACUGCUUCAGGACCUGGGCCCGGGAGAUGGGAUCGUGGUGGCGUUCGAUAAUGUCCUGCAGAAGCUGCUGGAGGAAUACGGUCACGAUGACACUCGGAAUGUGAAGGAAACCUCCGACUACUUGAAAUCUGCAUGGAUCCAUCUAAAGCAAAGCAUUGCUGACAGACAGACUACCUUGGAGGCUGAGCUGAGGACAGUGCAGGCCUCUCGUAGGGACCUGGAGAACUUUCUCAAGUGGAUACAGGAAGCAGAAGCCACCGUGAACGUGCUUGCCGAUGCCUCUCAGAGAGAGAAUGCUCUUCAGGACAGUACUCUGGCCCAGGAGCUCAACCAGCAGAUGCAGGACAUCCAGGCGGAAAUUGAUGCCCACAAUGACAUAUUUAAAAGCGUUGAUGGAAACCGGCAGAAGAUGGUAAAAGCUUUGGGAAACUCUGAAGAAGCUACUAUGCUUCAACACCGACUCGAUGAUAUGAACCAAAGAUGGAACGAUUUAAAAGCAAAGUCUGCUAGCAUCAGGGCCCAUUUGGAGGCCAGUGCUGAGAAGUGGAACAGGCUGCUGACGUCUUUAGAAGAGCUGGUCAGAUGGCUGACCAUGAAGGAUGAGGAGCUUAAGAAGCAAAUGCCCAUCGGGGGGGAUGUUCCAGCGCUGCAGCUCCAGCACGAUCAGUGUAGAGCUCUGAGGCGUGAAUUAAAGGAGAAGGAGUACUCUGUCCUGAAUGCUGUCGACCAAGCCCGAGUGUUCCUUGCUGAUCAGCCUAUCGAGGCCCCAGAAGAACCCAGAAGAAACCUCCAAUCAAAAGCAGAAUUGACCCCUGAAGAGAGAGCCCAAAAGAUUGCCAAAGCCAUGCGCAAACAGUCUUCUGAAGUCAAAGAGAAAUGGGAAAGUCUCAAUGCGGUUACGAACAAUUGGCAGAAGCAAGUCGACAAGGCGCUGGAGAAGCUCCGCGACCUGCAGGGAGCUAUGGAUGACCUGGACGCAGACCUGAAGGAGGCGGAGGCAGUGCGGAAUGGCUGGAAGCCCGUGGGAGACUUGCUCAUUGACUCGCUCCAGGAGCACAUUGAGAAAACCAUGGCAUUUAGAGAAGAAAUUGCACCUAUCAACCUAAAAGUUAAGACAGUGAACGAUUUAUCCAGCCAGCUGUCUCCACUUGACCUGCAUCCAUCUUUAAAGAUGUCUCGUCAGCUGGAUGACCUUAAUAUGCGGUGGAAACUUUUGCAGGUAUCUGUGGAUGAUCGCCUUAAACAGCUUCAAGAAGCCCAUCGAGAUUUUGGACCUUCCUCUCAGCAUUUUCUCUCUACGUCGGUGCAGCUGCCGUGGCAAAGAUCCAUUUCACAUAAUAAAGUUCCCUAUUACAUCAAUCAUCAAACACAAACCACCUGUUGGGAUCAUCCAAAAAUGACCGAACUCUUUCAAUCCCUUGCUGACCUGAACAACGUACGUUUCUCUGCCUACCGGACGGCCAUCAAAAUCCGAAGGCUACAAAAAGCACUAUGCCUGGAUCUCUUAGAGCUCAAUACGACAGACGAAGUUUUCAAACAGCAUAAGCUGACCCAGAACGAGCAGCUCCUCAGUGUCCCGGAUGUCAUCAACUGUCUGACCACAACGUACGACGGGCUGGAGCAAAUACAUAAGGACCUGGUCAACGUGCCCCUCUGUGUGGAUAUGUGCCUGAACUGGCUGCUCAAUGUGUAUGACACGGGACGGACUGGAAAAAUAAGAGUGCAGAGUCUGAAGAUUGGAUUGAUGUCACUUUCCAAAGGUCUCUUAGAAGAAAAAUACCGAUAUCUCUUUAAGGAAGUGGCCGGGCCGACAGAAAUGUGUGACCAGCGGCAGCUGGGCCUGUUACUUCACGACGCCAUCCAGAUCCCGCGGCAGCUGGGGGAAGUGGCGGCUUUCGGGGGCAGUAAUAUCGAGCCCAGCGUCCGAAGCUGCUUCCAACAGAACAACAACAAACCGGAGAUAAGUGUGAAAGAGUUCAUAGACUGGAUGCGUCUGGAGCCCCAGUCCAUGGUCUGGCUGCCCGUUUUGCAUCGAGUGGCAGCCGCCGAGACUGCAAAACAUCAGGCUAAAUGCAACAUCUGUAAAGAAUGCCCAAUUGUUGGAUUCCGGUAUAGAAGCCUAAAGCAUUUUAACUAUGAUGUCUGCCAGAGUUGCUUUUUCUCUGGUCGAACAGCAAAAGGUCACAAAUUGCAUUACCCAAUGGUGGAGUACUGUAUACCUACCACAUCUGGGGAAGAUGUCCGAGAUUUCACAAAGGUGCUGAAGAACAAGUUCAGGUCAAAGAAAUACUUUGCCAAACACCCCCGGCUUGGCUACCUACCAGUCCAGACAGUUCUUGAAGGUGACAACUUAGAGACUCCUAUCACUCUCAUCAGUAUGUGGCCAGAGCACUACGACCCUUCUCAGUCCCCUCAGCUGUUCCACGAUGAUACCCACUCGCGGAUUGAGCAGUACGCCACCCGACUGGCCCAGAUGGAAAGGACAAAUGGGUCCUUCGUCACUGACAGCAGCUCUACCACAGGAAGCGUGGAGGAUGAGCAUGCCCUCAUCCAGCAGUACUGCCAGACCCUCGGAGGGGAGUCCCCGGUGAGCCAGCCGCAGAGCCCUGUGCAGAUCCUCAAGUCGGUGGAGAGGGAAGAGCGGGGAGAACUGGAGCGCAUCAUUGCUGACCUGGAAGAGGAACAGAGGAAUCUACAGGUGGAAUAUGAGCAACUGAAGGAGCAGCACCUUCAAAGGGGGCUCCCUGUGGGUUCCCCGCCAGACUCCAUUGUCUCUCCCCAUCACACCUCUGAGGAUUCAGAACUCAUUGCGGAAGCCAAGCUGCUCCGGCAGCACAAAGGGCGGUUGGAGGCCAGGAUGCAGAUCCUGGAGGACCACAACAAGCAGCUGGAGUCGCAGCUCCACCGGCUUCGGCAACUGCUGGAGCAGCCGGAAUCUGAUCCCCGAGUCAAUGGUGUCUCCCCCUGGGCCUCACCGCAGCAUUCGGCUCUGAGCUACUCGCUGGAUCCAGAUCCCGGCCCACAGUUCCAACAGUCAGCGGCCGAAGACGUGUUGUCGCCCCCCCAUGAAACCAGCACGGACCUCACAGAGGUCAUGGAGCAGAUCAACAGCACGUUUCCCUCUCGCUGCCCUAAUCUCCCCAGCAGGCCACAGGCAAUGUGAAGUAGUCAUCCAGCCAAUCGACAUUUCCUGACGUUACAGUAUUGCCCUUUUCAGCAAAUGCCAAUUCCAAGUUCCAUUUAAUCAGAAGCUGCAUGGCUCUGUGACACGUGCCGUUGAGUGGGGACUGUGUGUUCUUCUGAAGGAGUAAAACACUGACUAUCCAAAGAGAAAAGGAUAUUUUUGUUUUUAUAAUAACCAUAUAUUAUUUUCUUCGUCCCUUUCUAUGCAACUGUAAAUUAAUGAACAGAGUGGUAUUUGGAAAUGGUAAUACAUUUGUCACUGAUUUGUAUAAUGUAUACAGCAUUGGGAACGUGGGUGGGGCUUUCUAAUACUAUACAUUUUCAUUAAUCAUGUCAAACAUUGCAUAAGAGUUAGAAGAAAGUUUUUCAUUUUUACAUUCCUUCUGCUGUUCAUAUUAACCUUGUACAAUAAUUUCAUGUAUCUUUUUGACCCUUUCACCAUUACAUUUUGGUUAUUUAUGAUUCAUCAGCCAUAUGACCAAAUAGAUUUUUCUGUAUUUUUUUCUUUGUAAUUUGGCCAAAUCAGUAGGUUCAUAUAUUUCCGUCAGCUAUUCAGUCGCUAUGGGGAGUAGACUACAUACAGCUCUGUGGGUACAGGUGACCUUUGUUUGGUAUCAUCUACUUCCUUCCUUCAUGUGACCACUUUGAUACCUGCCUUGAGAAAUCCCCUGGAGCUCCCCCUGCCUUUGUUUUUUCUGCCUUAGAGAAGUAAGUCACAGUUUCUUUAUUUCAUGUCCGAGUCUAUAUGAGGGGAGACGUACAACAGAAUUAUGAGUUCAAAGAUCGUUCUACCAAAGGUUGUCCCAUGAAGCAAUUGUUCAUUUUGACACGGACACAGACUUUAUAGACAACCUUUCUUCUGUCACACCUGUUGACUUUCACUCAUGAAUUCACACUAGACUUUCAUCUAAUUCUACAAGAGCAUAUUAUUUUCAGUUCCCUUUGAAGACACUUUUGCUAUGACUUAUGCCUUUCAAGCUCGUUAUAAUACUUGAAACUCACAGUAAUUUUCAUUCUAAGAGGUCAACAGAUCCAAUUUAGUGCCUAUGUCAUCUCCCCUUGGUGGGUGAAUGAGCAGGUGUUUGAAUAUCCUUAAUUUGAUCAAUACAUUUGAGAAGAUGUUUGUCAAAAGCCUCUAUCAUGGAGUCUAAAGGAGAAAGUUACUGCUUACGUGGUGGUUCCCUGCUCGUAGCUUUGAGUGCGUUCAGUGAGGUAUUUGGGUCAGUUUCUGGUAUCACAUGUAAUUGACCCCAUUUAAACAUGCCAUUUAAUUACCAAAUGUAGACAAACCCAAACACAAACGAGUCACAAUGACGUGCUUUGAUUUGAUUCCAGUGUCGUAGGCGCUUUUCGAACAUCUUUUUAAAGGACAUCUUAACUUUGGGGUCUCUUUAGCUGGGAUCUGGCCAGAAAGGAGUCUUAAAGUUCGAAAUUGCUAUUCUUUUAGACUAGGUUGGGUGGGUAGAGGGGCGGGGGGGACGAGGGUGUCUAUUUGCAGCAUAGCUAUUUUGAGAAGAAGAAACUUGUUUUAUAGAAGAGGAAGCCGUGACCACCUUUCUACCUCAGACUCAUCUUCAUCCAUCGCGCCGGAAACAGCUUGAUGCAGCUGUUGUUGGCAAAGCCUAGCGCUUUCACCAGGCCACACCUACCCAGACAGGCACCGACAUAGAGGAAAAAACCCCGAACUCUGCACGCCACGUUGUAGAUUGGGUGUCUUCUGUGUUCUUACUUUGCAAAGUUAUGUACUAAUUGGUUUUUUUUUUCUGCCUGUGUUUGUAUGCAAAGUGCCCUCCACUAUUAAGGGGCAGCUACUUAAAAACACUACAUUGUAACCUUCUUCUGAGUAAGAAUAAAUAAAAAGAAGCCUAUUGCAGUAACACCAAGGGGAAAAGUAAAUAUGUAAUUCUUUUAAAAUAUGUGCUGAAGAGCUAAUCACAGACCAUCAUCUAAUCUGGUCACAUGCUGUAUUUUUCAUCCUGAAUAAAAGUAAUUUUAACACACGA